UUGGUUUACACAAAAGCACAUUUUAGAUAAUAAACCCAUAUUUAAAACUUUUCAGAGGUGAACGUCAGUUGAGCUACUGUCCAUGGUGCUGAAACUCUUCCUCACUUGAUGUUUUAAACUGGCUGUAUUCAUUUUAAAUUGAGCCAAUAAAGCGGCACAAAGUAUCGCGAGAGGAGUAAGGAAAUGUUAAGAUUUAUACUUGAUUUGCGUAUUCAUGUGGAGUGCGACUGCUUUUAAAUGAAAACGCCGGGACGUGACGUGUACAAGCUUUCAGAUCAUGACUGUGACGAGCCAGUCCUCACAUGAUUAGACGCUCCUCCGCAAAAAAAAAAAACAAAAAAAAAAAAAAAAACCAAAAAAAAACACCAGAGAGGGAGAAAGGAGGGCUCCAUUCCCAGUGUGGCAGCGGAGAGGCACCGAGGACUCCGCCUUUACCGCCUCAACGUCCAAGCAUCAGUCCGGGGUGGGGAAGAGGGAAGAGACACGCCGCAGGCCUGAUGAAGAGAUUCGAAACGCGAAUGUGAGAAGAGACUUAAAAAAAAAAAAUACGGAGAUGGGCUCGCCGUGAAGGAGUAAAGACGGGGAGUUGGGGGAAACACCCAGAGGGGGCGCAACACAAAAGCACAACUAGAGGUGCCUGCAACCAUGAGCGGCUGCUCGCCUAAGCCGCGGCUGCCGCUGCUACUUCGCCCGGGGAACACGUCGUGAGGUGCGCCUCGGGAACCUGUUAGCCGAAACGACACGCCGAGGAGAACCAGGAGGAGGAGGUGGUGGUGGAGGUGGGGUGGUGGUGGUCGAAAAGAUGUCCGCCUCGGUAGGGCCCCACGGCGGCCCUCGCCCACCCACUGUGCCGCCGUCCAUGCCGGAUCUGCCGGACCUUAGCCACCUCACCGAGGAGGAGCGCAAGAUCAUCAUGGACGUGAUGGCUCGGCAGAAGAAGGAGGAAGAGAAAGAACAAGAAAUGCUAAAGACACUGCACCAGCAGUUUGAGAGCUACAAACAGGAAGUGCGUCGCAUCGGGGUCGAGACGCGACGUCAGCAGGCGCAGCAGAAGGACGACGCUCCCACCUGCGGCAUUUGCCGCAAGACCAAGUUCGCUGAUGGCUGCGGCCAUCUCUGCUCAUACUGCCAGACCAAAUUUUGCGCUCGCUGUGGAGGGCGAGUAUCUUUGCGCUCCAACAAUGAGGACAAAGUGUGUCUCAUAGUGAAGGACAGGGUAAUGUGGGUUUGCAACCUGUGCCGUAAGCAACAGGAGAUUCUCACCAAAUCAGGAGAAUGGUUUUCUGGGUCAGGAGCGCGGCCCGGGAGCCUCGGCACCUCCUUGAAAGACCCGGCAACAGGAGGUGAGGGUCAGCGUGACAGGAAACUUCUCCGCUCCAGAUCGCAAGCUCCGCCCUCCAGCACAAACGCAGGGCCGCUGGACAGGACACAGCUGCCCGCCGGAGUCCUCCCUGCCAAGCUUUGUGACACCAUGCCUGGCUCUCGCUCCCAAAGCGAACCACCAAAAGAAAAAAAAAGACCAGUAUCCCUCCAUGAGCAAAACGGUAGGGGAGGGAUGGGACGGGGCAGUGGUCGCAGAUCUCCUGGCAAGCUUCAGUCUCAGUCAUCCCUGGAUGAGCGUGUGAGCACUGGAGAUAGAGAGAGACGGUUCGGAGAGGGACGUCGACUGGAGAAGAUACAUUCUCAAGAUUAUGAGGAUGGGGAGGACAACUUGAGGCAUUCAGGGAUGCACCGCAGACAUCCAGAGGAUGAGGAACAGAGGGAGAGGCAGCGCCGUGAAGAGGAGUUCCAAAAUCGUUAUCGGAGUGACCCCAACCUGGCAAGGUAUCCUGUAAAACCACAAAAAGAGGAGCAGGAGAUGCGAAUGCACGCAAAGGUAUCCAAGGUACGGCAUGAGCGUCGGCACAGUGAUCUCGCGAUCAAUGAGGUUGGGUUGGGACCAGGUGAAGGAGGUGGUGGAGGAGGUCAUGUACCUCCAAACCGUGUGGCCAGGAGGGGUGGAGGUGGUGAAGGAGAGCGCAAGGGCCUCAUUGAGAACCACCGAGCCUUUCCUGUUGACAGGACCGCGGGGAUGGGAGGUGGACCACCACCUACAGGAGGUGGGGGGAAAUCAGGGCCCCAUAUUGGAGGGCUGGUGCCUAAUGAUCAGGGCUCAAACAACUCCCGUCCAGAGACUGGCACAACAAGGGACAAGGGUGGGGACCACCUAUUGAGGAAAGACUCUCAGAGCUCAGACCAGUCCGAUUCUUUGCGUCCGCCCCCUCCUCGGUCAUACAAAGGCAAGCGCGGAAUCAACAAGAGACAGAUGUCCAUCAGCAGCUCAGAAGAGGAGGGCGGUUCCACGCCCGAGUACACCAGCUGUGACGACGUGGACAUGGAAAGCGUCAGCGAGAAAGGAGAUUUGGACUGUCAUCCUUUAGAUCCUACAGUAUGGCAUCAUCCGGUUACGUGGCAGCCGUCCAAAGAGGGUGACCACCUGAUUGGACGUAUCACAUUAAGCAAGAGGUCGGCCAUGCCCCGUGAGGCCGGCUCCCUACUGGGCCUCAAAGUUGUUGGAGGAAAGAUUACAGAGUCUGGAAGACUUGGGGCCUUUAUCACCAAAGUCAAAAAAGGAAGCCUGGCAGAUGUUGUGGGACAUCUACGUGCAGGUGACGAGGUCUUACAGUGGAAUGGGAAGUCAUUGCCAGGAGCAACCAAGAAAGAAGUGUACAACAUCAUUCUUGAAUCCAAAGCUGAGCCUCAAGUGGAGAUUGUAGUCUCAAGGCCAAUAGGAGACAUCCCAAGAAUCCCAGGGUCUCCACACCCUCCACUAGAAUCCACUGGCUCCAGUUCGUUUGAGUCACAGAAGAUGGAUCGUCCCUCUAUAUCGGUGAUGUCCCCUACCAGUCCUGGCACCCUUCGAGACCUUCCUCUUGUGCUGCCUGGACAGCUUUCUGUGAAGCUGUGGUACGACAAAGUGGGUCACCAGUUGAUUGUCAACGUCCUUCAAGCCAUAGACCUGCCACCUCGACCAGACGGCCGACCUCGAAACCCAUAUGUCAAAAUGUACUUCCUGCCGGAUCGGAGUGACAAAAGUAAACGACGGACUAAAACGGUGAAGAAGAGCUCUGAGCCCAAGUGGAACCAGACUUUCAUUUAUUCCCAUGUUCACCGGCGGGACUUCAGAGAGCGCAUGCUGGAAAUCACUGUCUGGGAUCAGCCCAGAGUGCAAGAGGAAGAGAGCGAAUUUCUGGGCGAGAUCCUAAUAGAGCUUGAGACGGCCUUAUUGGACGACACCCCCCACUGGUACAAACUCCAGACUCAUGACAUGUCCUCCAUACCUCUGCCUCAGCCCUCUCCAUACCUUCCGCGCCGACACGUCCACGGAGACAGUCCGAGCAAGAAACUACAGAGGUCUCAUCGCAUCAUUGAUACAGAGUUUGAUGAUGGUUUGAUAGGUGGGACUAAAGGUGGAGAGCGAAACUCCCGGGAGAGAGAUCGGAGCAGCACGUUGGCUGUCCCAGAUCAGCAGCGCCCCAUCCAGCACCGCUCCCGCUCCGUGUCUCCUCACAGAGAGGACUCCUGCAGGGCUCGGUCUCGGCCCCCUCACGUGCCCAUGCAAAGGAGUUUGGAUGAGAUUCACCAAAACCGCAACCACUCACAUUCCCCGACACAUUACCACGGGUCCUCCCUGGAGCACCAGCGCUCCGGCGACUCAGACUACGAGUAUUCAGAGGACAGUGAGGUCCUGGAGAUGAACAGAUCAAUUCGAGGCGGGAGUGCAGAGUGCCUACAUACCAACAGGAGCAUAGGUAGAUACAGCAACACGCUCCCCCCCAAAAUGCCCCUUUUAGUAAAUGGUAUCCAUAAAGACAUGUACAGCUCCACCCUCCCUGCAUGCCUAAAGAGUAAGCCAUAUACCAGACAGGAGGGGGGCGGCAUCUUGCCUCGUAGCAUCCUCACACACCGUGUUCUCAGGUUCACAGACGAGGUCACGGUUAGCGACCUGCAGCCAUCCCUGGACAGAGUGAGGAGUGCCAGCACCACAUGUCUGAGACCAGACACCAACUUUCCCUCCUCUAACAGAGACAGGUUCUCCAAUUCUUUGCCCUGCAGGACUCCCCCAAGCCCCAGGAUCUUAGUAGAUCAUGUGGCCCCAGAGGAAGAGAGUGAGAGUAUUAAUUCAUCCAGUCUAAACUGUCCGUGGGAAAGCAGAAAGUGUCUUGAAUUGGACAGUCGAAUUCAGCCCACCUCUAUCCUAAGGGGCAGUAGAAGAAGAGGGGGCCCCCUCAGGCCCUUUGUACAGACAGUGCUGUCAGGUUCCUGUCCUAACUCGCCACGGCCGGACAGAGCACACCCACACGGCAGCCCUUCUCCUCCAACUGUGUUAUCCGGUCGAAGGGGUCGGCAGCUUCCACAGCUUCCUGCGAAGAGCAGCAGCAUAGAGCACGCCCUAGCAGUGGAGGAGCGAGCCCGACAGCUGCCAGUGAAAGUACAUUCCUACCGGCCUUCAGCCUCCCACAACUCUCAAACAGACCUCAAGACCAAACGGGAGAUGUACGCAGAGCAGAGGCGCAGCAGUGACAACAUGUCGGCUAGAUCUUCAGACAGCGACAUGAGCGACGCGUCGGCUCUUUCCCGUGCCAGCAGUGCCUCUCGUCUCAGUAGCACCAGUUACAUGUCUAUACAAUCAGAGCGGCCCGGAGGACGGCUCAGAUCAAAGUCUUUAGAGGAGGACAAAAAGGACAGGAGGAUAUCGUGGGAGGUGAACGGAGAGGAGGAGAACAAGAGGGAAGCAGGAAAGAGACGCUUCUCUCAGGAGUUGAAACGCAGAAGACACACUGUAGCAGGAGACACAAGGGACUCCAGUCGGCAGAUGCGAUCUAUGGGUCGGAACAUGAUGAAGAGCUCCAGUGUGAGCGGUGAGAUCUACACGCAGGAGCGCACAGAUGGCAGCCAAUCAGACACCGCUUUGGGCACCGUAAGCGGCGGCAGCAAGAAGAGACGCUCCAGCAUCAGCGCUCGCUUCGUGGCCAUCGUCGGCAAGAACCGGAGCCGCAGCACCUCACAGAUCAGCGACCCUGAGGGGAAGACUAAAAGGGAGAAGGGCAUCCAGAGGAGCACAGAGACUGGCAUGGCCGUGGAGCUUUCCAGGAAUAUGAGCCGCCAGCCCAGCAGAGAGUCAAACAACGGCAGCAUGAACAGCUGCAACUCUGAGGGAAAUUUCUGUGUUAGUUUAAAUCUGGGUGCCAGCAGCCAGUUCAGCGAUUUCCUGGAUGGACUGGGACCAGCACAGUUGGUGGGCAGGCAAACUCUGGCUACUCCUGCCAUAGGUGACAUUCAGAUUGGAAUGAUAGAGAAGAAAGGGCAGCUGGAGGUGGAGGUCAUCAGAGCUCGAGGACUCGUACAAAAGCCAGGAUCCAAAUCUCUGCCUGCUCCAUAUGUCAAAGUCUACCUGCUGAAUAAUGGAGCAUAUGUAGCCAAAAAGAAAACUAAGAUUGCACGGAAAACACUUGACCCCCUGUACCAGCAAGCACUGCUGUUUGAGGAGAGCCCACAGGGGAAAGUCCUACAGGUUAUCGUCUGGGGUGACUAUGGCAGGAUGGACCAUAAAAGUUUCAUGGGAGUUGCACAGAUCCUGCUGGAUGAAUUAGACUUGUCAAACACAGUCAUUGGUUGGUACAAGCUGUUCCCUCCGUCCUCUUUGGUCGAUCCGACGCUGGCAUCCCUGACGCGGAGAGCUUCCCAAUCAUCUCUUGACAGCUCCUCGGGACCGCCUGGUGUUCGAACCUAGUGGACCUAGUGGGUGCUACACUAUCCCUCGAAGGAAAGGGGGGAAAAAAACUUAAGAAAAGAAACUGAAGAGAGAGGCCCAUACAAUAAAAGGUAGAAACAUAGAACAACAGCAAUCAGAAAUGGUCACAGCGAGAAAGCUUUGUUGAAAUCUGACAAUCACUCCUGCCGCAGUUAUUUUUGUCUGUUGUAGGGAGCGUCAUAUUUCGGUGUUUCGUUUCCAUUCAAAGAAAAAUCUCAUGGUUUAUCUCUUGCUCUCCAGUCGGAAUAUGAUAGCUAUGAGUGUCAGUGAAUCAAAAAGAAACAGGGUGGUUUUUAACCGAGUCAACCUAGCAAAGAAAUGUACGCAAGCAUUGGAAUGUAUGGCCUCGUGACAGAGGUAAAAUCCCUUCGCUGACUGCAGGGGGCGCAGUCCUUUCUGCAGCGGCCUCCUCCAGAAGCCCAUCAGACUGCCGGUAUUCCUGCUCUCUCCCCGUCAGGAUGCCGCCCUGCCCUCUCCCGCAUGGGUGUUCAGUCUGGAAGCACAGGGCCUUCUUCUGGUGCCUAGAUCACUGGUCCCUUUCUUUGUCAAGAUUUUCUCUUUUCAACAUGUUUACCAUGGCUACUCUGGGGCUAUAGUCUUUUAAGAGUGAAUUGUGGCGUUCCUUUCUUUCCUUUUGUUACUACAGGCACAAAAUGUUUUUGCAGUGUGCAAAAUGUUCAUGAUAUGUGGUCAGUCUGAAGUGUGCAUGAUGAUAAAAAGAUUUUAUAAGGACACAAGAUUUAGUCUGCGGCUCUUCUCCGGGAUGAUAGGUAAUAAUAACAGAUGGUCCACCAUUUUGCCUCUGUUCUUUCGCUGAGUUCACCUGAAAAUAUCCUGGGUGGAACAAUGGAGAUCUUGCUGCACAUAGUAAAACCUCAUUUGUCAAAUACUGAAAUAGAUUUGGGUGCAGAAAUUGUUGUAGAAGAAGUCCCACGUGUGACCAGUGAAACUAAGAAUCCUUGGCAAUUCAACCUGCCAAUCCUGGCGGCUGGAGACCAUCAUUUAUAUACCGCACUCUUACUUGUUCAACUUUUUGGUCGUCUCAGUUAGAGAAUGCGAUAGAGAAACAAAAAUGGUCAAAUUCAAAUUUCUAUGAUUUUAAAGUUACAGCCUCACAAAAGGGAAGAUAAACCAUGAAAAAACAGAUUGUUGUCAUAGGGAAAUACAUUUCUGCAAAUGCUGUGUCAUGCAUUUUCAUUUUAAUUAUUCUUUCCAAACAUAAGUAUUUAACAGUCACCCAUUAGACAUGCUGCAUGUGGUCCACUCUGCGAUAAACAGCCCUUUGACCCGCAUCAGUUCAUCACAUGGCAGAUCACCACAUUAAACACGACUAUCCAGCGCAAUAAUGUUCAGAGCUGCACAGGCUAAAAGGAGUUCCCACACUUCCUUGGAUCUGUAUUGCAAAGAUCCUCCUGUUGAUCCAAACCAACCUCCCCUUAAGAAGCUCAAAGUAUCCCUCACAGAAGCUCAUGUUGUUUUGUUUACAAUGUGUUUUAGCAUAUUUUAGGAGAAGAAAUGCAGAAUCACAAACAGGAGAAUCCUGCAAAAUCUAGCAUUCAUUCCCCUAAACCCUCUCCUUUCUCGGAGAUGCAGCAAACCUCCUAAUGAUCCUCCAAGAGUGUUGCCAGGGAAAUGAGCCGAGAAUGGAGGCAAACUGAUGGACUAACCCUAACCCUAACCCUAAACUGAUGUCUUAGAUUUUUACACCCAAUAAUGAGAUCGCUGUUCAACCACUUGUCUUUGUUUAAUUGUGUUGUAGGCGUCCCAGGGGGUUGACAAAUAAAUCAAGGUUAUGUCACUUUGAAAUGUGCAAGGGAUAUAAUAUCACUGUCAGAUAAAAUUAAGUAAAUGCUAUUGUUCACCUAUGCCAGAGCUGGAUUGGACCAUGUAACUUUUCACAUUUCCGAGGGAGUGCCUUCCCUCACCCCAGCACGUUAAAGGUUUUUAUUCAAACCUUAGUUUAUCUUGUUUUUAAUACAAGCACAAGAGCUUGAUUUUUUUACUAGAAAAAGUUUAACUUUUCAAAAAAAAAAAACAACAACAAUAACAUGUAGUUAUGAAAAAGGAAAAAAAAAGCAACAAUCCCAUUGGUUCAGGUUACUUAUUUUGUCUUGAAGCAGAAAAGAAGAAUAGAUUGCAGUUUCCUCAUGCAUCUAUGUGAAUAUGAAAGUCGGGACACCAA